AUGCCAGGUGAUACGAGAAGUGAAGAUUCUAGAAAUAUAUGUCACCCGUGUAUACUAUGGAUAAAACUUAUCCUGUCAGCUUCGAUUCCAUUGCUGAUAACUAUUUUCACUGUUGUCACUUACAUUCAACAGAAAGAUAUCAGUGAACAAAAUCGGCAGCAAGAUUUGCAAAUAGCUAGUCUAACACGUGAAAAAGAUAUUGAUCUUGCUAAAAAACAACGUGAAGAAGAUCAACGACUAGCAAAUGAACUUCACUAUCAAAACGUCUUCCAGAAUUAUAUCGAUGAUAUCACAAAUGUUCUCUACAAACACCAACCAAAUGAAGCAAUGUUCAUCACUGAAGAGAAGCGACUUUUCUAUAUUGGUCGUAAAACAAUUGUAGCAUCUCGUCAACUUAAUGGUGAUCAUCGAAAACAAUUACUUAAAUUUCUACUUGAAACACAGUUGGUACCAAAUUCUAAGACACCAAAUAUAACGAGCUCAUUGAAUGGCGCGGAUUUCAGCAAUGUACAUUAUUCAUGUUUCCCAGAUGAUGACUUUGCGAAUUUGGAAAUAAAUGGUGUUUAUCUCAUUAAUUCAUCAUUUCGUAAUUGUUUUUUUUAUAGUACGAAAUUUAAUUAUUCAUCAAUGAACAACAUCAGCUUCAUUGACUCAGAAUUUCGUGCCGAUCCUAAUUCCAAAGGAUAUUUUUUAUUUUCGGGUGUUGCAUUAAAUUAUUCAAAUUUUCAUAACAUAGCAAUGUAUGAAGUUAGAAUUGUCGAUUCAAAGCUUUUUCAUUCUAAUUUUGAUUAUGCCCGAUUAUAUGAUCUAGAAUUUGUCAACACAAAAUUGGCCUAUUCGAAUUUUCAAAAUACAAUUCUCCGCAAGAUACACUUCAUAAGUACAGAUCUAUCCUGCUCAAAUUUUAGUUCUACUAAUAUGAAUAAUGUGAAUUUCACGAGCAAUAUGGAUGAUAUGAUGUUCGGGAGCGCUACAAGUCUCGUCAAUUCGGAUUUUUCACGAUGUCAUUUAGCAAAUAUUCGUAUUGAGAAUACUAAUCUUACUGGCUCGAAUUUGAAUAUAGAUCAUGAUGAAAAUAUAAGUUUAUCUCAAGUAGUUUUACCAAAUGGAACAUGGAUGAUUAACAGUUCAAAUUUAGUCGAAGAUGGCAAUGGCGAGAUAAAUUGUUUAUCAUCGAACAAACCUUAUUCAGUAUGGGAAAAUAGUUUCGCCGGUUCCGGUGAAAUUAUUCUAGCUCUGAAUAAUGAAAUAACUAGUGAUGUUACGUCCGUCUUUAAUUUAGGAAAAUGUCAUUUUACAUCAGGCCAACCGCAGUACAACUCAGCUAUUGUUCAAACGAUCUCUUUCUAUAAGUAUUCAUUAUUUAUUGAUAGUGGUGAAGCACAAUUCAAUGUUUCAGCAUACUUUGGUGGUAGAAAUGAAUGUAAAAAUGGAAGUAUACAAAUUGAUGCAGGUCUAGACGAAGAUUCUUGGCCGGAUCAUUUGCUGUCAAAUCCAUGUAUAUAA